CACCCUACAGCACAUACUACCAUCCAUCCGCAGAAAACGACACUCACACGCACACAUACACCGAACCAUCUACUCGUGAACAUGAAGAAGAACACCACAAAGCCCGUGGCACAACGCAAAAUGCAUCCCAUGGCUUCUGCCCGCCACCGACCGAUCUGUUCGAGCAGCAACGGCCGGCGGCGGCGUUUUAUCCUCUCUUGUACUUCAUCGGUGGCAGCCGCCGCCGCCGUGUCACUCUUCGCGACGCCCCCGGGCUGCGCCGUAGAGGCCUUUCGACCCCCGCUGGUCCCGACGCCCACCGCCACGGUUCCGCUGUCGCUGCCGCUGCAGGCAACCAGAGCCGAAGCUGCUCCCGAUAGGAGCCGAUGGAGCGCGCUCCGCACCCGGAGCCGCCUCUGCCUGUCGAACGGCGACAAGAACAACAACAACAACAACAAAAACCUGAGCAACUCGGAGCGGGGGCGGCGAGAAGAGGACCGCCGGCGAAAACAGCGCAGGGACGACGUGGUCAUCGGAAAGACCUCGGCCAAGAGGGGCGCCAAGGACUAUCCCCUCGAUCCGGAGGCGACGGAGCGGGAGUACCUGCGGCAGGCCUCCCGGGAGGAGCAGCUUAUCCACGCCUGCACCGACGAGGGAAUGGAGGCCCUCAAGUCCCUCCGCCUGGAGGACGCGGACCGGUGCUUCGACCGGGUCUUUGAGCUCAAGCCGGACACCUACCUGUGGCUGGCGGGCAUUGUCAAGUUCUACCUCGGAGACAUGGAGGGGGCCUCGUCCAUCUUUGCCAGGAGCGCGAUCCACUUUGAGAAAAAAUUCGGGCCCAUGGGGAUGGGCCCCGCCAGCGAGGAACGGAUCUGGAGGAACGCGGCCGAGCUGAAGCACGUCCAGUCCCUCAAGCGGUCGGAAAAGAAAAAGUUCUACGCCGACAAGGAACGCGGGGUGCCCACUMCCCCGCCGAUCGCCCAGAUCCAUGGCGACGGCGACGGCGACACCACAGAACGCGGGGACGACAGCGAGACGCUCCUCGGCCCCGAGACCCGAAAGAUCCACCGGCUGGCCCGGGAGCUCUUCGAUGCCUCGGCCAGCCGGCAAAAGGCCGCGGAGGCGGUCGCGCGUGCCCAGCUGCUGUCGGUUGCCGAGAGCGAGCCUUCUUCCGCGAGCGGCGGAAGCGGAAGGGCCUUCCGGCCGGACGUCAAGAAGCGCAAGCUCAACGCGUGCUACUUUCUGGCACUCCACUACGACGUGGUGGGGGAGGUGGCCGAGAGCAAGAAAUGGAUCAAGACCGCCUUUCGGCUCUGCCACAACAGCAUGGGCAAGUCGUCCGACAUUCUCGAUACGCUGCCCCUCCUGCACAUGACGGCCCGCGACUGGUUCGACGACGAUCCGUACGGCGACGAGGACGAUGAGAACGACGAGAACGGAGACAGCGAAAAAGAGGUCAAGGGCGUUGGUGAUUCGACCGGAACCGCAGACGGAGACAGCGAUUCCACCGCGAAGCCGAUCGAAUCGAGCGACGACGACGACGACGAGAGCGAGGAAGCCGUGAAAGCGUCUUUGGACGUCGGCACCGGCACAACUACGAACGCAGCAGCAGCAGCAGCGACGACAACUAGCACGCACAUGAGCGAGGCCUAUUCGGACCCCGUGCUGGAGGCCUCGAUCAUGGAAGACGUCGAGAAGAUGAGGUUCGUGGAGAUCAAGGAGGCCCUGCGGAUACGCGGGAUCUCGGUCACCGGAUCCAAGGACACGCUGAAGGAACGGCUCUUUAUCUCGCUCAUGGACGAUGCCGGCUACCAAUCGGGGUUUGCUCCGUAACAACAGCAGCAACAACGAUGACAAUGCGGUGCGAUGCGAUGCAACUCCAUUCGAUUCGAUUCAGUUCGAUUGGCGGUGGGAUCCAGCCAGAGCGGCAAAGGAAUAUCGAUCGAACCGCACGUUCGAAACCAAGCCGUUUCCACCGUUCCAGUGCGGGAUCGAAUGUCUCACCGUUGGUUCUUGCGAUGGGACGAAUGGAUCCGUUGCGGUGCGUUUUGGUGUGGUGCUUCAUGGAGAUCGAGGUGCGAGCGGCCCCAACCUCAACCUCAUCGAACGGAACACACGAAAGCUGCGGCACGAGACAAAACGAAUCGAAUCGAAAGAAAUCGAAAGAAAACGAACGAUCGCGCAACGAAGGCAUUGCGAAUAAUCCACACUACUAAAC